AUGAAUGGUGAGAAUCCGAGUACUAACGGUACAUGUAGUAGCAGUUCCGAAGCGACAAAUAAUGGAAGAAGAAAUGAUGCCACGGCCAAGCUGAUGAACACUGCCGACACGGCAUCCCUGUCCGCUGGCGAUGACGAUGACGAGGAAAUGGAGGCUCUUGUAACCAUUUCCAUUGAUGAAGCCAUUGACCGCAUUGGCUAUGGCCGUUUCCAACAUCGCAUUACGGUGGCGGCGGGAUUGUGUUUUGCCUCGGAUGCCUUGGAGAUUCUCUUGUUGUCGUUCCUGUCCGUAGUGCUGCAAACCGAGUGGAAUUUGACCGACCAUCAAUUCAGUGGCAUUUUUGCCAGUCUGUUCGGGGGUGCCUUUAUCGGGACAUUGGUGUUGGGGCGACUGGCGGAUCGAUUCGGACGCAAACCCUUGUUUGUUCUCACGGCAUCUAUCAUUGCAUUCUUUGGCAUGGGAACGGCAUUGACGCAAACGUACACACAACUCUUGGUAGCGAGGGGAUUGGUGGGGGUGGGCAUUGGAGGGAUUACCGUCCCCUUUGAUACACUGGCAGAAAUCAUGCCCACUCAUUCCAGAGGACAGGGAUUGGUCGCGCCGUCAUAUUACUGGUGUGGGGCGUCUCUCCUCGUACCCAUUGUGGCCUCUCUCACGUUGGACACAACAACUGAUCAUUCUGGCAGCAAUUGGAGAGUCUUUGUGGCCGUCUGUGCCAUUCCCUGCGUCAUAUCCGCCAUUGUCGGUGUCUUUGUCGUCCCAGAGUCUCCUCGAUGGCUGUGUCAGCAACAACAAUCACCACACGCUCUCGAAAAGGCACUCCAUAUACUCCGGCAGGCCGCUCAUAUCAAUGGACACGGCGACGACGUGUUUCCUCCGGGAGUGCAAUUGCGACCAGCCCAAUGCCAGGAGCAAAAAGCCAACGUAUCGGAUCUCUUGUCCACCGAAUGGCGCCGUACAACCCUCCUGCUGUGGUGUCUCUGGGGAAGUUAUGCCUUUUUGUAUUACGGGACUGUCAUUGCCGUCACAUUGGCAUUCUACAACAACAAUAACAAUGACAGUGACACUGACACUGACAACAAUCCACAUUCCUUUGAUUACCUGGCCAUGAUUGUCUCCUCCAGUGCCGAAUUGGCGGGUGUCACAUUGGUCAAAUUCACCGUCGAUCGGUGGGGUCGCAUGUACUGCAUGAAACAGUACUUUACAGCCGGCGGUAUUUUGGUAUUCGUCUUGUGUCUACGCACUUCUACUAAUACGACAAGACUGGAACGCAUCGUCUGGGCAUUCUUGGCACGAUUCUUUGUCUACAGUGGAAGUCUCUGUGUCUGGAUUGCCACGGCCGAAUUACUGCCCACACAAUUGCGGACUACGGGACAUUCGUGUGCCAAUGCCGUCGCACGCAUUGGAGCCUUUUUGGCACCCUUUCUGGCGUCGCCCGACAAACAACCUUGGAAGAUUGGAACGUCCAUGUUGAUUGCCAGUUGGAUACUCCGAAUUGUCUCCAGUCAGUUGCCCGAGACAACGGGACGGCCCAUGGGACAGCAACCGCAACAACAACAACAACAACAACACGAAGAGGAAUUGACGGGUACUGCAGUCAUGACAACUACUAGGAAUCAUCAGGCAUUGCCCACGGAGGAGACCUAUCUAGAAGCCAAUGGUCUGACCUGA